UAAAAUACAUUCCUUGCUUUCCCACCUCCCCACAGCACCAAAACCCACAUUUUCUCUCGGAAAACUUUUCUCAAAAGGAAAUUGCAAAGAAUCUUCCUUCAGCCUCUCCUGUCAUUCUCUAUUUUAUAAAAAAGCUCUUGAAAGAAAAAGCAGAAAACAACAACUGGGUUGAAGAAUUUGGUUAUUUGCUGCAAGAAGCUGAAUUUUAUUAUUGGAUUUGGAGAUCAGGAUAUUGGAAAAAAAAACAAGAUGGUAUUUGAGAAUGAUCUUAACCUCAAAGCAACUGAGCUAAGAUUGGGAUUGCCAGGGAUUGAUGAAUCUGAGGAACAAUCAAUGUCUACUACAGGUGUUAGGAACAAGAAGCGUUCAUUGCCUGAAAAGAAUGAGGAAUGUGAGCCAAAGGAUGUUGAAACUGCUCCUCCACCUGCCAAAGCACAGAUUGUUGGAUGGCCACCAAUCCGAUCCUACAGAAAAAAUAGCCUUCAACAGAAGAAAACUGAAGCUGAAACUUCUGGGAUGUAUCUAAAAGUGAGCAUGGAUGGAGCUCCUUAUCUUAGAAAGAUUGAUAUGAGAGUUUACAGAGGAUACCCAGAACUCCUAAAGGCUUUAGAGGACAUGUUCAAAUUCACAGUAGGUGAAUACUCAGAGAGAGAAGGCUACAAAGGAUCUGAAUAUGUACCUACUUAUGAAGAAGAUGGAGAUUGGAUGCUAGUUGGAGAUGUUCCAUGGGAUAUGUUUAUGUCUUCCUGCAAGAAACUGAGAAUCAUGAAAGGAUCAGAAGCAAGAGGCUUAGGCUGUGGUGUAUGAGAAAAACACCCCACAAAGCCAUGCGGGGCAAAUCCAUAGAAGAUCAUUCAUGAAACAGAGAAAAAAUAUGGGUUAUGCAGAUCUCUCAGUCAGAGCUUGGAUUCUGGAACAACAAAAAAUUGUGAUUUUUUGAUAUCUUUUAUUCUCUCAUUUGUUGACAAGUCUCUUCUAGAGGACUUUGGAGUUGGGAAUGUAGAAUACAGAGAAGCUUUCAAAAAAGCCUAGUGAUUGUUUUUUAGAGCUUCUUUGGCAUUAAACUUUGGCAGUUUCCUGAUGUGUUGUCGUUUGCACAUCGGUUUCAAUCAUUAUUGUUUUUGCUGGAUUGAUAUCCAAUCAAAACCAAAACGGCAUACAAAAAAAUUUAUACUGUUUCUUUGAUGAGAUUAUUGUAUAAAAGGAAAAGAAAGUGUUAUGUUUUUACAA